AGUGACCCAGAGGCUGACAAGAACUGAGCUUGAGACCUAGAUUGAAAUUGGUUCCAGACCGAGGCCCAGCAUCCAGGACCCAGACACAGGACCAUGGGACCUCAGCAUUUGAGCCCCGUGCAGCUGCUCUGUCUCCUAGGGGCCAUUUCCACUCUGCCUUGGGCUGGAGCUCUUUUGUGUUAUGAAGCAACAUCUUCCCUCUUCAGAGCUGUUGAUCUCCAUAACUGGCAAUGGCUUCUGAUGAGGAGCAUGGUGUGUAAACUGAAUGAGGGCUGUGAGGAGACGCUGGUGUUCAUCGAGACAGGGACCAGAAGGGGAAUUGUGGGUUUUAAAGGCUGCAGCCCAGCUUCAUCUUACCCCCCGCAAGUCUCCUACCUCGUUUCGCCGCCCGGAUUGUCCAUUGCCUCCUAUAGCCGUGUCUGCCGGACAUACCUCUGCAAUAACCUCACCAACAUGGAUCCUUUUGUGAAACUCAAGGCCAAGGCUCCUAAGGCUUUAGCAUCUUCUUCCCAUAGUUGCCCAACCUGUGUGGGCGAGCACUCCAAGGACUGCCUCCCAAAUUUUGUCACCACCGAGGCUUGCCCCAACAAUGCUACUGAGUGUUACAGUUCCACCUUAAAAUUUCAGGCAGGGUAUCUCAAUACCACCUUCCUCCUCAUGGGCUGUGCUCGUGAAAACACCGAUAUUUUAUCCCACUUUCACCAUAUUGGCAGCAUCAGAGUGACUGAGGCCAUCAACAUCUUAGAAAAGGCCCAGUUUGCUGGUGCAGAGCCCUCUAGUGGGAGACCUGCUUGGGGCAUCCUCUUAGGCCUUCUGUUUGCCUUCAGGGACUGACGAUCUAGCUGGACCAAACACCCCUACCCCUUCACAUAGUGAAAUAAAGUUACGGAGUUGC